ACCUUGUCAAAAUCUCUUUAGAAAUCCUAUGGAAUGUGGAAAUUAGUUCUCUAGACAUGGCGUUUUGGGGACUUAUAAUUGCCGUAUGAGCUAGGUACUAGUUGAUCUCUUGCCAAGAAUAUCGGUUAUGAUAUUCGCGAGAGAGCGGAUUAAUGAUGAUGAGUAAGUCUCCCGAGAGCGCAGAUGCAAAAGAGCGGCCGGUCAUUAUUCGGGCGGUCAAACGUGUUAUAGAUUUCAUCUGGAACAAUUGGUUGGUACUGGGGUUCGGCCUUGCUUGUGUCCUGGGAUAUUUCUUUCCUCACGUUGCGGCCCGCGGUGGCGUUAUUCGCUCAGAAUAUUCGAUCUUGUAUGGAGGCAUUGCUCUGAUAUUCUUCAUCAACGGAAUGCAACUUAGCCCAGAGAAGCUCAAGGAACAUGCAACGAAUUGGCGACUGCACAUCGUGGUACAGGGGAUAAACCUUGUUCUGAUACCCGUCAUUCAACUUGUCAUCGUACGCAUAGUGAUAGUGGCCGGUGGAGUGACCUCGGGUACAGUUGAUGCUAGUAUCCUCGUCGGAAUGGUUGUAGUUAGCUGCAUCCCAACCACCAUAGCAUCUAAUGUGGUGAUGACAAGGAAUGCGGGUGGCGAUGAGGCUGCUGCCAUUAUCGAAGUGGUGGUCGGCAACGUGGUUGGGUCCUUUCUCUCUCCGUGGCUGAUCUACGGAUUCCUUCCUAGCGGCGAGGAGUUUGAUCGGCUCAAACCAGCAAAAGCGAAUACCCUGGGACCUAUGUAUGCGAAUGUUAUGCAGCAGCUAGGUCUCAGCGUACUGCUCCCGCUUCUCGUAGGACAAGGCCUACGAUGGACUUUUCCGAAACAGGUCUCUUGGACACUAAGAACAUUCUAUCUGGCACAGCUCUGCUCGGUAUUGCUGAUGCUAGUGGCAUGGACUACUUUCUCGGGUGCAUUCGAAACAGGGGCACUCGCCGCGCUACCUAAAUCAUCCGUAAUAUUCAAUGUGUUUCUGAACAUAGCAGAAUACAUAUUAUUCACUGCGAUUUGCUUUUGGAUAUCAUCCCCGCCAGGGAUGUUGAUAAAGCUGAUUAAUACAUAUGUUGCUGAUUCAAGGCUUGGUUCGUAUCUCCCCAAGACUAUGCGGAGGGCGAUAACGAUUAGGAAGAUGCCUAAGGAGCUCGUCGUCGCUGUAUGUUUCUGCGGAGCUGCGAAGACUACGAGCGUGGGAAUUCCUUUAGCUGCUGCUAUGUGGUCCUAACUUGAUAACUACACUAUAUCAUCUAUCCAAGUUCUGGUGCUCUUAUACACAGUGGAACAGGUGUUCGUAGCGCAGUUUUUCACCAUAUUCUUUAAGUGGUGGCUACAUCGAGACAAUAAAGGGAUCCUCGAUACUGAAUCGACGGGGACUAGAGAGCAGGGGCAUGUGCCAAAUGAGGAAGAAGAAAAUACCCACAUAGGGGAUGGUGAGGUGAAUGGAGACCACGGGGUUCCAGCUGCUCCGGCCAGUAUGAGCGCAGCGCGUGAGAAACAAGGUCCGGUAAGAGAAUCCGUAAUAUAGCGACACUUGUGAGUUAAUUAUAUAAUCGCUGAGGAAGUGGCUUGCUUCAGAUAAGUUCAUGUUAAUAGAUACCUGAUUAUUGCAUAAUAGCUUAUUUUG